AUGGUCAAGGUCGAGAUCGUCGAAGAGAAGGAGCAGGACUCCCGCUCCCCUUACUCCUCCCCUUCCUCGUCUCGCACGUCAUCGUCCGUCUCUCUCUCCUCCGUCGGCUCCGAGCUCGACGGCGAGGAGUCAUUCUACGAGCGUAUCGUCGCCCUAGCAGACAUCAUUCCGCCCACCACGCGCCAGAGCAUCUCUACCAAGCUCGGCAACACCGUCGGUGCGCUCAAGACGACCGGCAAGGUCGUCGGCAACCUCGUCUGGAUUGUCACCACCUCCGCCCUCCUCAUUGGCCUGCCCCUCGCGCUCGUGCUCGAGGACGAGGCCAAGAUCGUGCAGCAGGAGAAGGAGAUGCUCGCCCAACAGCAGGGCGCGCAGGUGCGUCUCAUUCCGCCAGAUACUCUAUUUGACCGUCUGACGUGUACUCCGACACUGACAAUAUCUGUCCAGAUGCUCGCGCCCCCUGGCUCCUUGUACCCUCAGCCAGGCCAGCCGCAAAACCCGCCCAAGUCACCACUCUGA